GGAUUCCUUUGGGAAAGGACACAAAUCACUCCCGUUUGAACAAGGGGAACAGCGAGGGAGCUGUCUCCACAAGGGUCCACCUCUCGUGGUUGAUUUCAUAUUGCUCAUUCAUGUGAUUUGAUCAGAGAAUACUCUUUGUGGAGAAAGACAGGAAAGGAAAGGAGGAGAAAAUAAAGAAAGAAAAAAAUAGUCUCUGGAUGAUGACAUUUGAUCUAACCCUCAGCGAAGCCCGUUCUUGAUCCUAUUGUUUCUUAAAGUGACAUUAGACUUUUUUUUCCCUCUUUCUCUCUCUCCCCCGCGCGCUAGACCGAAGGGACCUCCGGUUUAAUCUUGCAGUUUUUGGUUCGUUUGUUUGUUUAUUGUUGUGCGGUGUUCCCAAACCUGGAUGUUGACAUCUCGCGUUUCUUUUGGCACGUCGCUGUAUUUUCAGUUUCAGAGAGGAAGCGCUAAUAGAGACAAACGCGGUGACACCUGCUCACCCGUACUCCUCUCCUUGUCUUUUUUUAACGGAGCGAUCAAAAGAAGCAAGCAGCGACUGAGACGGUGACAGGAGUCUGUUUUCAUGUUCGGGAUUCAAGACAGCAUUCAAAGGAGCGGGAGUAGUAUGAAAGAGGAGCCCAUCGGUGCCGGGAUGAACGCUGUCCGGACAUGGAUGCAGGGCGCCGGAGUGUUGGAUGCGAACACAGCCGCUCAGAGUGGAGUGGGUCUUGCUCGAGCACACUUUGAGAAGCAACCUCCUUCAAAUCUUCGUAAAUCCAACUUCUUCCACUUCGUAUUAGCGCUGUACGACAGACAAGGACAACCCGUGGAAAUUGAAAGAACAUCUUUUGUUGGAUUUGUUGAAAAAGAAAAGGAAUCUACCGGAGAAAAGACAAACAAUGGGAUCCAUUACAGAUUGCAGCUCCUUUACAGCAACGGCAUCAGAACAGAACAGGACUUUUAUGUACGCCUGAUUGACUCCAUGACCAAACAGGCAAUUAUCUAUGAAGGGCAAGACAAAAACCCAGAGAUGUGUCGGGUGCUGCUGACGCACGAGAUCAUGUGCAGUCGCUGCUGUGACAAGAAAAGUUGUGGCAAUCGUAAUGAGACGCCCUCUGACCCGGUCAUCAUCGACAGGUUUUUCCUGAAAUUCUUCCUCAAAUGUAACCAGAACUGCCUAAAGAAUGCAGGGAACCCACGAGACAUGCGGCGCUUUCAGGUGGUGGUGUCAACGACGGUCAGUGUGGAUGGACACGUCCUGGCUGUGUCUGAUAACAUGUUUGUCCACAAUAACUCUAAACAUGGACGCAGAGCUCGCAGACUGGACCCAUCUGAAGGCACUCCGUCAUACCUGGAACACGCUACUCCUUGCAUUAAGGCCAUCAGUCCCAGUGAAGGCUGGACGACAGGGGGUGCAACAGUCAUCAUUAUUGGUGAUAACUUCUUUGAUGGCCUACAAGUCAUCUUUGGCACCAUGCUGGUCUGGAGUGAGCUCAUAACCCCUCAUGCCAUCCGAGUUCAGACUCCUCCGAGACACAUUCCCGUUGUGGAGGUCACUCUGUCCUACAAGUCAAAGCAGUUCUGCAAAGGUACACCAGGCCGAUUUAUCUACACAGCACUGAAUGAACCCACUAUUGACUACGGUUUCCAGCGGCUACAGAAGGUGAUCCCUAGACACCCGGGCGACCCUGAGCGCUUACCAAAGGAGGUGAUUCUGAAGAGGGCAGCAGACCUGGUGGAGGCUCUAUAUGGGAUGCCACACAACAAUCAGGAGAUCAUUCUGAAGAGAGCAGCAGAUAUCGCAGAGGCUCUCUACAAUGUCCCGCGUGGACACAACCAGCUGCCAGGUCUGACCAACAGCUCAGUCCACUCCGGCAUGAUGGGAGUCAACUCUUUUCACAGCCAACUCGCUGUUAAUGUGUCUGACUCCACACAAGCAGCCAACCAGGGUUUCAGUCGAAACACGAGCAGUGUGUCCCCUCAUGGUUACGUACCCAGCACAACCCCCCAGCAGAGUAGCUACAGCACUGUCUCUACCAGUAUGAAUGGAUAUGGCAACGCGGGCAUGACCACGCUGGGAGGAUCACCAAACUUCCUCAAUGGCUCUGCUGCCAACUCUCCUUAUGCCAUUGUUCCUUCCAGUCCCACCAUGGCCUCGUCCACUAGUCUUCCCUCCAACUGCAGCAGUUCCUCAGGCAUCUUCUCUUUCUCUCCGGCCAACAUGGUGUCUGCAGUCAAACAGAAGAGCGCUUUCGCUCCCGUCGUGCGGCCCCAGGCCUCACCGCCACCAACCUGCACCAGUGCCAAUGGAAACGGCCUCCAAGUGAUCCCAGGGAUGAUUGUUCCUCCAAUGUAGGGGCUCCUGGGCUGCUGAAGAGGCACAUUUGAUUUCAGCCCCGGCCAGAGAAUCUACGCUCUUGAGCCGAAGGCAAUUUCUGGUGGAGGAGACAUGAAAACUGAACUUUUUUAAAACUCAGGCCUUUUGACAUAGGAAUCUCAUUUUAUGGGAAGAAAGUGUUUGUUUGCGUUCGUUUUGAAGCUCAUUUCUGGACAGCCCUUGCGAAGGACUUGUGGAGAAAGGAGGGAAGGAUCUCCUUUUGGUUUCAUUCAUGGGCUUUUUCUUUUCUUUUUUGACUAAUUCAAUGAUCACAUGCCUUUUUUACAGACUUUCUCACACAAUUGUGACACUUUAGGAGCGGUUGAAUCCACGAUGUUCCUGAGAGCAGCACAGAUCUCUGUUAAUACUGACCAGUUUUUUAUAUAAAAUGAGAACAUUAGGCCAAUCGUUUGAAUGCAGAACUGAAGACGGGAGGGAAGCCAACAAACAUUUUUGCCAUAAUCUUGCUUGUUUUCUCACUAAAUGAAAUUGUAGCACCAUAUUCACUUUUUAAUCUUUUUUUUUUUAAGCGAAGAGUCAUAUGAAGCAUCUGGGUACCAGCCGGUUUGGAUGGCUACGAUGUAGGAAAGCUAUUUAAGAGUUAUUAAAUGCUGUCAUGCUGUAAUUUUUCAAUGUUCAGAUCCGUCCUCAAAGAGAAGAAAAAAGCGACCCAAUUUCUACAAGAAAUCAGUAUUUAUGUUCAUGCAGAUAUUUGCUGCUAAAUAGAGCAGAGAUAUGCAGUAAACAGAUGGACUGGAGGGAAUAAAAGCCUUCAGUUGCCAUGCCAUUUAAUUUUUGCUUUUAAAUGCGUGCUCAAGGAAUGUGAUUGAUUUUAUUAUUAAUAUUAUAAUUAUUUUUACAUUUUGCUUUGUCUUUGAAACAAUUGAAACUGUGAUAUCAAUUUUCAUGUGUUUGGUUUGCUGUGUUCGCUAGUGAAGGAUAUAGGUUAAAUGAAGUAUAUUUGAGAGCCGACUGUUUGAACAACCCUUUUUAUUUGAUUUUGUGUGUGCGUGUGUGUGUGUGUGUGUGUGUGCUUGUUUUUGGGGACAUGACUUGAAUUAGUGAUAAAUUUUCAUUUUAAGACAGCACUGUAUGAAGAACGCUUUCCUAAUGUGUCAAACACCCAACCUACAGCAGUCGGAUUGGCUCACUUUGGUAGUCGUCUGUUUUUGUACAUAUAUUUUCCGUUGCCAAAGUCUUCGUUUUAUUUGCAUUGAUAUCAGAAUGGCUCAAGGCAGCUCAUAAUAACACUGACGAUCGGUUCAUUGCAUAAGUUACACCACAACACUUCAGCAAACACCAAUCAUGAAUUUUUUUGGACAAGAAAAGAGGGGAGUCUGUGUAAAAUAUCCAUAUAAAUAAUGUAUGUAUAUUCAGAUUUUGUAUAUUGCUUUUCUCCCCAAUUUAAUUUUGAUUGUUGUUUUUUUUUUUGUGAUUAUUUGUCCAUCUGUCCUCUUUCAUCAUCUGCCUUGUGUUUAUUAUUGUAGGUCCAUGUUUUGUAUCAUGUCAAGCUUCCAUUUUUUAUUUUAAGUUCUAUUCAUAAAAAAGCCAUUGUCUAUUUUUGUAUAAUUUGUAAGUUAAAAAGCAAUUUGUUUUUUUUUUUUGGAAUUUUUGUAAUGUAUGGCAAAAAGUAGCAUCUCACAGCAUUUAGUUAUGUAGAUUUUUAAAAAAGGUUAUAUAUAUAUAUAUAUAAAUAUAAAUGAUGAAUAUAUAAAUCUAUAUCUUUUCUUUCUACAGAAUCUGUAUUAUUGUAAUAAUAAUAUGCAUGGGCUCUUCUCUGAGAGUGAUGGCUUUUAUUUUGCGUGUCAAACCUUAGAAGGACGUUUCUGAAGUUUUUACUCUUUAUUUGUCUUUCCUUUACUCUUUUAUUUAUCUGAUUAUUUAUGCCUGCGUAUAGAAUUGUCUAUUCCAUUUCUCUCUCUCUUCCUCUCUCUCUCUCUCUCUCUCUCUCUCUCUUUCUCUCUCUUUCACGCAUAUCAGUACCAGCAGUAUAGAUGCCUUAACAAUGCAAAUCCAUAAAUGUACAAUCACUUGUACAGUCUUCACAACCACCACCACCAAUAGCAGUAGCCACAGAGCUCCUUAAAGGAACAAUUCACCCAAAAUAAGCAUUUGCUGUUCUUUGCUCACCAUCAGGUCAUCCAAAGGUUUUAUUUUCCCUCAGUAGGACAUUAAAGAAGAUUAUUAGCCGAAACCAGGGUCCUUGAUGAUUCAUAAAAUGCAAGUCAACUUUUAUAUAUACAGUUGAAGUCAGAAUAUUACCCCCCCAUUUCCCCCCACCCCCCAAUUUCUGUUUAACGAAGAGCAGAUUUUUUCAACACAUUUCUAACCAUAACAGUUUUAAUAACUCAUCUCUAAUAACUGAUUUAUUUUAUAUUUGCCAAUAUUACAGUAAAUAAUAUUUUACUAGAUAUUCUUCAAGACACUUCUAUACAGCUUAAAGUGACAUUUAAAGGCUUAAUCAGGUUAAUUAGGUUAGCUAGGCGGUUAGGUUAAUUAGGCAAGGUUUUGUAUAAAGAUGGUUUGUUCUGUAUACAAUCGAAAAAAUAUAUAGCUUAAAGGGGCUAAUCAUUUUGAUCUUAAAAUGGGUUUUAAUAAAAAAAAAAUUACAAACUGCUUUUAUUAUAGCCAAAAUAAAACUUAAGACUUUCUCCAGAUGAAAAAAUAUUAUUGGACUUACUGUGAAAAUUUCCUUGCUCUGUUAAACAUCAUUUGGAAAAUCUAAAAAAAUAAAUUAAAAAGGUGUUUAAUAAUUCUGACUUCAACUGUAUAAAUAUAUUAGGGUUGUCACAAUACUGGAAUUUGAUACCAAUCGGU